AUGGCAAACAGCAGUCCGGAACCUCACCUACUUAGAGUUUGCAACACGUGGUUGACCAAUGGCCGAGCAGCAGCAGAAGCGACUAUUCUAGUAACUGGAGGAGCAGGGUACAUCGGUAGCCAUACAUGCGUCCAGCUGCUGCAUGAGGGCUACAGAGUGGUUGUGGUCGACAACCUGGACAAUUCAUCGGAGCAAGCCGUGAAGAGAGUGGCGGGGCUCGCAGGCGAGAAUGGCAGGAACUUGCAAUUCUUCAAGGUUGACUUACUUGACAAGGAGACACUUGAAGAGCUCUUCAAUCAAAUUCAUUUCGACGCGGUGAUCCACUUCGCGGGGCUGAAGGCCGUUGGAGAGAGCGUCAAGUUCCCGCUCAAGUACUACCAGAACAACGUCACCGGCACGCUCAACCUGCUGGAAGUCAUGAGCGACCACGGCUGUAAGAAGAUCGUGUUCUCUUCGUCAGCCACGGUGUACGGCCAGCCGAAGCAGGUCCCGUGCACGGAGAACGACGAGCUGCAGACGCUGAACCCGUACGGCCGAUCCAAGCUGUACAUCGAGCGCGUGCUGGAGGACGUGUACGCCUCGGAUGCCACGUGGAGCAUCGUGCUGCUGCGCUACUUCAACCCCGUGGGCGCGCACCCCAGCGGGCGCAUCGGGGAGGACCCGCGCGGCAUCCCCAAUAAUCUGAUGCCGUUCAUCCAGCAGGUGGCGGUCGGGCGACGGACGCAUCUCUCGGUGUUUGGGAGCGACUAUCCCACACGUGAUGGAACCGGGGUGCGGGACUACAUCCACGUCAUGGACCUUGCUGCAGGCCACGCAGCAGCACUGAGGCGAAUAUUCAUGUGCCAGGCUGGAGGUUGUGACGUGUACAACCUGGGCACAGGCAAGGGCACCACAGUGCUGGAGAUGGUGGCUGGAUUCGAGAGGGCAUGUGGCCAGAAACUUCCCGUGAAGUUGUGUCCUAGACGGCCAGGAGACUGUUCUGAGGUCUUUGCAUCCACAGACAAGGCACAACAAGACCUUGACUGGAGAGCUACACGCACUGUAGAGGACAUGUGCCGCGACCAGUGGAACUGGGCGCGGCAAAACCCAAUGGGGUAUGCAGCAGACGAAGAUAGUGAGGAGGGGGAGGAGAGUGGAGCAGGAAGGGAUGCAGUAAAUGGAAUUGGUUCUCUUGGAGUUUUCAAGAGCAGAGGCAUGGGGUGCCGAAAACUUCUUAGGCUGCGCUUGAGUUCUUCUGCUUGGCGGCUUAUGUCAGCAACGAUGGUGGGAACCGUGCGCUAUGUCCUGCUUCUAGCCCUAGUCUCGCUUAUCGUCGUCCCUUUCGUUCGCGCGGACGAUGACGGAUUCGAUAACACCGUGCAAUCCGAUAAGAUCGUCGAUGAUGCCUCGGAUAAUAUCUUGGGAUCUACGGAGGUGAAUCAUGUCCUCUCCAAGCUUCCCGCCAGCCACCCGCUGCUCGGCGCGCUGCGCAACCCGGCGGAACACUUCGCGCGUUUCAUCCACCGUUUCAACAAGUCGUACGCGGCGGAUCUCCACCAGUACCGCGCGCGCCUGCGCAUCUUCCGCGCUAACCUCCUCCGCGCGGCGCAGAUCCAGCUGCAGGACCCUUCCGCGGAACACGGCGUGACUCCCUUCUCAGAUCUCACCCCAGAGGAAUUCGCCAAGACGCAUCUUGGCCUGCUGCCCGUGGAUUCCGAGCGGUCCGCGCGCAGCGCAUUUCUGGAGAGCCUGAAAGCGGAGGGACGACUGGAGCGGUCUGAGCUGCCGACGGGGGAUCUUCCGGAGCAGUUUGAUUGGCGCGAGAAGGGCGCGGUGACGGGCGUUAAGAAUCAGGUACGUUCGAAUCGGGAAAUUUCUAUUGGGACCUGGUUCAGAGAUAACCAUCGGGGGGAAGAGGGCAUGGGGAUCGGGUUUGGCGCGAGAAGGGAACGGUGGAGGGUGUCAAUCCGUCGGCCCAUCCUGCUGCAUCUCGCUCUUCGCCCUUGUCUCUCCCGCUCCAUCCAGGGCAUGUGCGGUUCGUGCUACGCGUUCAGCGCCGUCGGCGCGUUGGAGGGGGCGCACUACUUGCAACCCCCUCUGUCAAUUCUGACCUCUCCUGCUCCGCCUCCCCUUUCCGCGCUUGCUUGCGCCGCCUCCUUCUUUUCCCACCUCCUCCCCACCCAGGGCAUGUGCGGGUCGUGCUACGCGUUCAGCGCCGUGGGCGCGUUGGAGGGCGCGCACUAUCUGGCCACGGGCGAGCUCAUCAGCCUCAGCGAGCAGCAAAUCGUCGACUGUGACCAUAACUGCGACCCCAAGGAGAAGGAGGCGUGUGAUUCCGGCUGCGGUGGUGGGCUGAUGAACAACGUGUUUCGCUACAUUCAGAAGGCCGGGGGGCUGCAGACAGAGCAGGAGUAUGGCUACACUGGCAGGGAGGGGCGCUGCUAG